GUGCGCGCCGUGGCGCCGCCUCCACCCGCUCCCCGCUCGGUCCCGCUCGCUCGCCCAGGCCAGGCGGCCCUUUCGCGUGUCCGCGCUCCCUCCCCUCCGCCGCCGCCGCCGCCUCCUCCAUUUUGCGAGCUCGUGUCUGUGACUGGAGCCCUAGUCACCGCCCGCCCGUCGGGGACAGAGUCAGUGGGUGGAAGAAGACGCCGCAGCCGGAGCGGCCGAAGCAGCUGGGCGCCGGGACGGGGCACGCACGCCCGGAAGCCAGGACCCGGGAAGCCCGGCGCGGGGCGGAGGGCUGGCUUGUCAGCUGGGCAAUGGGAGACUUUCUUAAAUAGGGGCUCUUUUCCCCCACCCAUGGAGAAGGGGGCGGCUGUUUACUUCCUUUUUUUUAGAAAAAAAAAAUUUCCCUCCUGCUCCUCCUGCGUUCACACGCUAAGUUGUUUAUCUCGGCUGCGGCGGGAGCUGCGGACGGUGGCGGGCGAGCGGCGCCUUUGCCAGAGUUGAUAUUCACUGAUGGACUCCAAAGAAUCAUUAACUCCUGGUAAAGAAGAAAAUCCGAGUAGUGUGCUUACUCAGGAGAGGGGAAAUGUGAUGGACUUCUGUAAAAUCCUAAGGGGAGGAGCUACUCUGAAGGUUUCUGUAUCUUCAACCUCACUGGCUGCUGCAUCUCAGUCAGACUCCAAGCAGCAAAGACUUUUGGUUGAUUUUCCGAAAGGCUCAGUAAGCAAUGCGCAACAGCCAGAUCUGUCCAAAGCAGUUUCACUCUCGAUGGGACUCUAUAUGGGAGAAACAGAAACAAAAGUAAUGGGAAAUGACCUGGGAUUCCCACAGCAGGGCCAAAUCAGCCUCUCCUCAGGGGAAACAGACUUACAGCUUCUGGAAGAAAGCAUUGCAAACCUCAAUAGGUCGACCAGUGUUCCAGAGAACCCCAAGAGUUCAGCAUCCUCUUCCGUGUCUGCUGCCCCCAAAGAGAAGGAGUUUCCAAAAACUCAUUCUGAUGUGUCUUCAGAACAGCAAAAUUUGAAGGGCCAGACUGGCUCCAACGGUGGCAAUGUGAAAUUGUAUACCGCAGACCAAAGCACCUUUGACAUUUUGCAGGAUUUGGAGUUUUCUUCUGGGUCCCCAGGUAAAGAGACGAAUCAGAGUCCUUGGAAAUCAGACCUGUUGAUAGAUGAAAACUGUUUGCUUUCUCCUCUGGCGGGAGAAGAGGAUUCAUUCCUUUUGGAAGGAAACUCGAAUGAGGACUGCAAGCCUCUCAUUUUACCGGACACUAAACCUAAAAUUAAGGAUAAUGGAGAUCUGGUUUUGUCAAGCUCCAGUAAUGUAACACUGCCCCAAGUGAAAACAGAAAAAGAAGAUUUCAUCGAACUCUGUACCCCUGGGGUAAUUAAGCAAGAGAAACUGAGCACAGUUUACUGUCAGGCAAGCUUUCCUGGAGCAAAUAUAAUUGGUAAUAAAAUGUCUGCCAUUUCUAUUCAUGGUGUGAGUACCUCUGGAGGACAGAUGUACCACUAUGACAUGAAUACAGCAUCCCUUUCUCAACAGCAGGAUCAGAAGCCUAUUUUUAAUGUCAUUCCACCAAUUCCUGUUGGUUCCGAAAAUUGGAAUAGGUGCCAAGGGUCUGGAGACGACAACUUGACUUCCUUGGGGACUCUGAACUUCCCUGGUCGAACAGUUUUUUCUAAUGGCUAUUCAAGCCCCAGCAUGAGACCAGAUGUAAGCUCUCCUCCAUCUAGCUCCUCAACAGCAACAACGGGACCACCUCCCAAACUCUGCCUGGUGUGCUCUGAUGAAGCUUCAGGAUGCCAUUAUGGAGUCUUAACUUGUGGAAGCUGUAAAGUUUUCUUCAAAAGAGCAGUGGAAGGACAGCACAAUUAUUUGUGUGCUGGAAGGAAUGAUUGCAUCAUCGAUAAAAUUCGAAGAAAAAACUGCCCAGCAUGCCGCUACCGAAAAUGUCUUCAAGCUGGAAUGAACCUGGAAGCUCGAAAAACAAAGAAAAAAAUAAAAGGAAUUCAGCAGGCCACUACAGGAGUCUCACAAGAAACCUCUGAAAAUCCUGCUAACAAAACAAUAGUUCCUGCAACGUUACCACAACUCACCCCUACCCUGGUGUCACUGUUGGAGGUCAUUGAACCUGAGGUGUUGUAUGCCGGUUAUGAUAGCACUGUUCCAGACUCAACCUGGAGGAUCAUGACCACGCUCAACAUGUUAGGAGGGCGGCAAGUUAUUGCAGCCGUGAAGUGGGCAAAGGCGAUACCAGGUUUCAGGAACUUACACCUGGAUGACCAAAUGACCCUACUGCAAUACUCCUGGAUGUUUCUUAUGGCAUUUGCCUUGGGGUGGAGAUCAUAUAGACAAGCAAGUUCAAACCUACUGUGUUUUGCUCCUGAUCUGAUUAUUAAUGAGCAGAGAAUGACUCUACCCUGCAUGUACGACCAAUGUAAACAUAUGCUGUAUGUUUCCUCUGAGUUACACAGGCUUCAGGUAUCUUAUGAAGAGUAUCUCUGUAUGAAAACCUUACUGCUUCUCUCUUCAGUUCCUAAGGAUGGUUUGAAGAGCCAAGAGCUAUUUGAUGAAAUUAGAAUGACCUACAUCAAAGAGCUAGGAAAAGCCAUUGUCAAGAGGGAAGGGAACUCCAGCCAGAACUGGCAGCGGUUUUAUCAACUGACAAAACUCUUGGAUUCUAUGCAUGAAGUGGUUGAAAAUCUCCUUAACUAUUGCUUCCAAACAUUUUUGGAUAAGACCAUGAGUAUUGAAUUCCCAGAGAUGUUAGCUGAAAUCAUCACCAAUCAGCUACCAAAAUAUUCAAAUGGAAAUAUCAAAAAACUUCUGUUUCAUCAAAAGUGACUGCCUUAAUAAGAAUGGUUGCCUUAAAGAAAGUUGAAUAGCUUUUAUUGUACAAACUAUCAAUUUGUCCUGUAGAGGUUUUGUUGUUUUAUUUUUUAUUGUUUUUGUCUGUUUUAAAGACGCACUACAUGUGGUUUAUAGAGGGCCAAGAUUUGGCAACAGAAGCAAUUGAGUCAUCACUUUUCUGUGAUGGGAGCAUAGACAGUGAAAUUCAUUAGUUAGUAUAUCCCAGAAAUUAAAAACCUUAAUAUGUGGAUGUAAUCUCCACUGUCAAAGAAGGAUGGCACCUAAACUACCAGUGCCCAAAGUCUGUGUGAUGAACUUUCUGCUCAUACCUUCUCACAGUUGGCUGGAUGAAAUUUUCUAGACUUUCUGUUGGUGUAUUCCCCCCUUUAGAGUUAGGAUAGCAUUUUGAUUUAUGCAUGGAAACCUGAAAAAAGUUUACAAGUGUAUAUCAGAAAAGGGAAGUUGUGCCUUUUAUAGCUAUUACUGUCUGGUUUUAACAAUUUCCUUUAUAUUUAGUGAACUACGCUUGCUCAUUUUUUUCUUACAUAAUUUUUUAUUCAAGUUAUUGUACAGCUGUUUAAGAUGGGCAGCUCGUUCAUAGCUUUCCUAAAGAAACUCUAAACAAACAUUAAUCUGUGUGAAAAUGGGUUGGUGCUUCUAACCUGAUGGCACUGAGCUAUCAGAAGACCACAAAAAUUGACUCAAAUCUCCAGUAUUCUUGUCAAAAAAAAAAAAAAAAAGCUCAUAUUUUGUAUAUAUCUGCUUCAGUGGAGAAUUAUAUAGGUUGUGCAAAUUAACCGUCCUAACUGGUAUAGAGCACCUAGUCCAGUCACCUGCUGGGUAAACUGUGGAUUAUGGUUGCAAAAGACUAAUUUAAAAAGUAACUACCAAGAGGCCCUGUCUGUACCUAAUUGCCCUAUUUUUGCAGUGGCUACAUGGCAAGAAAGUUGGUAAACUAUUUGUCUUUUGGGAUCUUUUGAAGUAGUUUGUGUAACUUCUUAAAAGUUGUGAUUCCAGAUAACCAGCUGUAACACAGCUGAAAGACCUUUAAUCAGAGCAAGUAAUUCCUGUCACUAAACUUUACCCCAGAACUAAAUCUCUAAUAUAUCAAAAAUGGCUAGACACCCAUUUUCACAUUCCCAUCUGUCACCAAUUGGUUAAUCUUUCCUGAUGGUACAGGGAAGCUCAGCUACUGAUUUUUGUGAUUGAUUUAGAACUGUAUGUCAGACAUCCAUGUUUGUAAAACUACACAUCCCUAAUGUGUGCCAUAGAGUUUAACAGAAGUCCUGUGAAUUUCUUCACUGUUGAAAAUUAUUUUAAACAAAAUAGAAGCUGUAGUAGCCCUUUUUGUGUGCACCUUACCAACUUUCUGUAAACUCAAAACUUAACAUAUUUACUAAGCCACGAGAAAUACGAUUUCUAUUCAAGGUGGCCAAAUUAUUUGUGUAAUAGAAAACUGAAAAUCUAAUAUUAAAAAUAUGGAACUUCUAAUAUAUUUUUAUAUUUAGUUAUAGUUUCAGAUAUAUAUCAUAUUGGUAUUCACUAAUCUGGGAAGGGAAGGGCUACUGCAGCUUUACAUGCAAUUUAUUAAAAUGAUUGUAAAAUAGCUUGUAUAGUGUAAAAUAAGAAUGAUUUUUAGAUGAGAUUGUUUUAUGAAGACAUGUUAUAUAUUUUUUGUAGGGGUCAAAGAAAUGUUGAUGGAUAACCUUUAUGAUUUAUAGAUUGUACAUGCAUUCAUUCAGGCAGCGACGGUCUCAGAAACCAAACAAACAGUUUGCUCUAGGGGAAGAGGGAGAUGGAGGCUGGUCCUGUGUGCAGUGAAGGUUGCUGAGGCUCUGACCCACUGAGAUUACAGAGGAAGUCAUCCUCUGCCUCCCAUUCUGACCACCCUUCUCAUUCCAACAGUGAGUCUUUCAGCGCGGGUUUUGUUUACUCAGUCUCCCCUUGCGCUAAAGUGUUAAACAGGAGACAGGUGGUGCUUACAUACUUAAAGGCACCAUCUAAUAGCGGGUUACUUUCACAUACAGCCCUCCUCCAACAGUUCAAUGACAACAGAAGCUUCAGAAGUUUGGCAGUAGUUCGCAUAGAGGUACCAGAAGUAUGUAAAUAAUGCAGAAUCUCAUAGGUUGCCAAUACACUAAUUCCUUUCUAUCCUACAACAAGAGUUUAUUUCCAAAUAAAAUGAGAACAUGUUUUUGUUUUCUUUGAA